AAAACUUUUUAACUCAAGCUCGUACAUGAAGUUGUUAUGGUUAUCCCUCUUUUCUGUGAACAACUCGCCAAUAUCAAUGCUAUUCGCUCCACUAUUGCAGUAGAAUCAGACCCACCAUCUUUGUCCAUACAAGACAAGCUUGUUAUCAAACGCAAUACGCUUUGCCUAAACAACAAUGUCAUUGUCGAUUUCGACGCGUUUGGUGUACAGUUGAAUCCUCGCGUCUUGACUAUCACACCAUCGACACCAAACAAUGCUCAAGAGUUCGACGUAAAGCUCGUUCUCUCUAAACCUAUUACGACUGAUGGUAAUGGUGAUCUCAAAACGUCUUGGCCAGCAAGAGAACUCGAAAAUAUGCAGGGCCUUACUUGUCGCUCGUGUCAACAACGCAUCACGUCAGCUACUACUGGAUUCCAGAGCAAGGAUCUGCCCUCUGAGCACUGGUACGAGCUGGUCGAGUGCUGGAUCUGCCACGAAGCCAAACCAGAAGAGCAUCGAUCCCGUAUGCAGCCCAUUACCGCACGCCCAAAUAUGGUUCUAGCAGGAGCCACCUACAUGCUACUGCAUCCUCAGAAUCUAUUGCUCGGCUCGUUUGCUAUGGAUGACGAUGCUUCCAUAAUCAAGUGGGAUACCGGCUUAUCAACAAAAUGGCUUUCAAUUCAUUGUACACAAUGCCAGGCACCUCUCGGCGAAGGUCAAUACGAGCAAAAAGAAGAUGGGAACAUUUCGCUAUUGGCAACAAAAUUCUACAAGUACUGCGUUGCCGUGUUACCGGCCAAGCCAAUACUCCCGACAUUCCUGGAAUACCUUGUCUAUGACCUGUUUGACGCAGCAAAGGCACACGCAACUUACCGGUUUCUUAUUCAAGGCCGCAAAAGCAAGCGGAUAUAUGCAUUGCUUUGGUUGUUUAAUUGGGAUACGCAUAUUAUCUACAAUCGCGGAUUUAUAUCCACAAAUGCAUCAGAUGAUAUAUAUCAUGAGCACGUCAUGAAGGUUCUUUACGUGGAUUGCACUCAAGAAGAUAGUAAUGAUGAUAGGCGGAUCGAUAUGUGGUCGAAGGAUAAGACGGCAGAUCACCUGACGUAUCCUGAAUCAUGCUGUGAGUUGCUCUUAGAAACGCUAAGGCAGUCGACCCAAAUAGUCCCUCCCCAUGGUCGUAUUAUGAACAACCCUGCUAUGGCGGCCUUGCAUAAAUUUUCAGUUGGUUAUAUCAGACGAUGAUGCUGAAGGAAGAUCCCUGACAUGAAGAUUAUGUUUUCAAACCCAUGUUUUUAAAAAUUGAUGUGCGCAUACACGUACGCACACCCCUCUCCCAUCCACUUUCUUUUGUCAUUACCAUCUCCAACGCUUUCUUUUGCUUUUUACAAAUGGAUACCCUUCCUUCAGAAUUAUUAAACUUUAUUUUGAAUUACUUG